AUGGUUGUCGUUCACCCUUCAGAUGUCUCCAUAACGAAGAGUACAGAACAUCAGAACCCGCGGAGUUCCUUUUUUAGGAAGUACUUCCUAGCAGGGCAACAAAUGGCCGAUCCCACAGAUGUAGAAGUGCCACAUGAUGCUGAUUUCCUCGAGAGGUUUUUGAUAACAAAACGGAAAUACAUUGCCUUUCUUCUGCCACUGACUGUCAUGCAUCUUUUUUGGUGGUUUACCGCAUAUCGCUUCGACUGGUUUUCACUAUUCAGCACCAGGUGGCAAAUGCCAGCGAUUAUGGUCCUCGGGUCUACAGUUGCUGGUAUGACUGCAGAGGGUGGAGGAGCUAUUGCGUUCCCUUUCAUGACGCUCUGCCUCCAAAUCGAUCCCGUGACGGCCAGGGAUUUUGCUCUGAUGAUUCAGUCUUUCGGUAAGUCUAAUCAUAAUCUUAUUUCUCUUUUUCAAGGGGUUGGGGUAAUACUUUCCGUGUUGGAUGGAACUUGA